GCGCCGGGUGUUAACUUCGCCCAGCGAAACACAAAUACAUCAGAUCUAAAAAUCGGAUUCAUUUCUGGUCCACAGCUCUCUUUAAAAAGGAAAAAGGAAAGAACAAAAAAAACCCAAUUUUCCAUAUUUCUCACUCUCAUGCUCCAAAAUUCACUUCCAGGACCAUAACAACGAGACUGAAUUCAUCAAAAUCAAAAUGGAGCAACUAAAGACAAUAGGAAGGGAGCUAGCGAUGGGUUCACAGGGCGGUUUCGGUCAAUCAAAAGAGUUCCUCGAUCUCGUCAAAUCAAUCGGAGAAGCACGAUCUAAAGCAGAAGAAGAUCGAAUUGUGUUAAGCGAGAUCGAAACCCUAAAGAAACGCAUUGUGGAACCAGACAUACCUAAACGCAAAAUGAAAGAGUACAUAAUACGCCUCGUUUAUGUCGAGAUGCUUGGACAUGACGCCUCGUUCGGUUACAUUCACGCCGUUAAGAUGACUCACGAUGACAAUUUACUUCUUAAACGGACUGGUUAUCUUGCUGUUACGCUGUUUCUGAAUGAAGAUCAUGAUUUGAUUAUAUUGAUUGUCAAUACUAUACAGAAGGAUUUGAAGUCUGAUAAUUAUUUAGUGGUUUGUGCGGCUCUGAAUGCUGUUUGUAAGUUGAUCAAUGAGGAAACCAUUCCUGCUGUUUUGCCUCAGGUUGUUGAGUUGUUAGGUCAUUCCAAAGAAGCUGUUAGAAAGAAAGCUAUUAUGGCUCUUCAUCGCUUUUACCAUAAGUCUCCCUCGUCUGUUUCUCACCUCGUUUCCAAUUUUCGUAAGAGGCUUUGUGAUAAUGAUCCUGGAGUGAUGGGUGCAACACUUUGUCCUCUUUUUGAUCUUAUAACUGUAGAUGUUAAUUCUUACAAAGAAUUGGUGGUUAGCUUUGUAAGCAUUCUCAAACAAGUAGCUGAGCGCAGAUUACCAAAAAGUUAUGAUUAUCAUCAGAUGCCAGCACCUUUUAUACAGAUCAAGUUGCUAAAAAUCAUGGCACUGCUAGGAAGUGGCGACAAGCAAGCAAGUGAGCACAUGUAUACUGUUGUGGGUGACAUAUUGAGGAAGUGUGAUUCAUCGAGUAAUAUAGGAAAUGCUGUACUUUAUGAGUCCAUAUGCUGUGUUUCUUCAAUACAUCCAAAUCCUAAGCUACUAGAGGCUGCUGCUGAUGUGAUAGCUAGGUUCUUGAAGAGCGACAGUCAUAAUCUAAAAUAUAUGGGAAUUGAUGCCCUUGGUCGAUUGAUAAAGCUAAGUCCAGACAUUGCUGAACAACACCAAUUGGCUGUAAUAGAUUGCUUAGAGGAUCCAGAUGACACUCUAAAGCGAAAAACCUUUGAACUGUUAUAUAAGAUGACGAAGUCCUCCAAUGUGGAAGUGAUUGUUGAUCGCAUGAUUGAUUACAUGAUCAAUAUUAACGACAGUCAUUACAAAACUGAAAUAGCAUCUCGAUGUGUAGAACUUGCUGAGCAAUUUGCACCUAGCAACCACUGGUUUAUUCAGACCAUGAAUAGAGUCUUUGAGCAUGCGGGUGAUCUGGUGAAAAGUAAGGUGGCUCAUAACUUGAUGCGUUUGAUUGCUGAAGGAUUUGGGGAAGAUGAUGAUAAUGCAGACAGUCAGUUGAGAUCAUCUGCUGUGGAGUCAUACUUGCAUAUUAUUGGAGACCCAAAGCUUCCAUCUGUAUUUCUCCAAGUCAUAUGUUGGGUAUUGGGAGAAUAUGGAACUGCCGAUGGAAAGUUUUCUGCUUCAUACAUCACUGGGAAGUUAUGUGAUGUGGCGGAUGCAUAUUCAAAUGAUGAAACUGUUAAGGCAUAUGCAGUUACAGCACUCAUGAAAUUAUAUGCAUUUGAAAUAGCUGCUGGAAGGAAAGUGGAUAUUCUACCUGAGUGUCAGUCUUUGAUUGAAGAAUUAUCAGCAUCGCACUCAACAGACUUGCAGCAGCGUGCGUAUGAACUUCAAGCAGUCAUUGGCUUGGAUGCUCAUGCUGUUGAAUGUAUUUUGCCGUCAGAUGCAAGUUGUGAAGAUAUUGAGAUUGAUGAUAACCUCUCAUUCCUCGAUGGCUAUGUCCAACAGUCAAUAGAAAAGGGGGCUCAGCCUUAUAUUCCAGAGAGUGAACGUUCUGGGGUGUUAAACAUUAGCAGUUUUAGGAACCAAGAUCAGCAUGAAGCUUCAAGUCACGGUCUUAGGUUUGAGGCUUAUGAGCUUCCAAAGCCCUCGGCCCCAUCUAGGAUACCUGCAGUAGCACUUGCACCCUCAAGGGAACUCGUUCCAGUUCCUGAGCCAUCUUAUUAUGGAGAAGCCCAACAGGCAGCAAUAGCUGCAUCUUCAUCUAACACUGGAUCAUCAGAAGUCAAGCUACGGCUUGAUGGAGUCCAAAAGAAGUGGGGUAAGCCAACUUACUCCUCUCCUGCGACAUCUACCUCAAGUUCCAGUUCCCAGAAAACAGUAAAUGGAGUCGGCCCUGUAGAUGGGGUUGGUAAUGUAAAUUCAAAAGCACCUCCACCCUCUUAUGAUUCGAGGAGGCCACAAGUUGAAAUCUCUCCAGAAAAACAAAAGCUUGCUGCAUCACUUUUUGGAGGUUCAUCAAAAACAGAGAGAAGGACAUCUUCAAUUGGCCAUAAGGUUGCCAGGGGAAGCAGCCAUGUUCCGAAGCCCGCGGCUGUAUCUGCAACUGAUGUUGCAGUAGAGAGGAAAACUACUCCUGUUCAACCGCCUCCUGAUUUGCUCGACCUGGGUGAAUCAACUGUUAAAAGUAGCGAUCUAUUGGUGGAUCCAUUUAAGCAAUUGGAAGGGCUGCUUGACCAAACCCAACUUAGUUCAAGUGCUAAUUCUGGCAUGAAUAGUGCUUCUAGUGCACCCGAUAUCAUGCAGUUAUAUGCAGACACAUCUGCAAGUGGGCAGAGUGGCAAUCUUGUGUCUCCUUUAUCAUCUCAUAAAAGUGAUGAUAAUCUUGUAUCUGGAUCCACAAAUGCUAUUGCAAACCCUGCUCAAAGUGGAAGUACAGUUCUGAGCUCGACGCAAUUUAGUAAGGGCCCAAACCUUAAAGAUUCAUUGGAAAAGGAUGCACUUGUGAGGCAGAUGGGUGUGACCCCACAAAGUCAAAAUCCCAACUUAUUCAAAGAUUUGCUAGGCUAAAAUCAGACAUGUUGGAGCUAGAAAUCACAAAUAUUGGGGAUAGAUUGCUACAUGAUUACCACAUGCAGAGGUGGCUGGCUGUACUUUGUGCAUUUAUUCAAUGAUAGAGCUUACCACUUACCAGAAGCAGAAUUAUGAGAGUUUGCAGAGUUAAAAGGUACUGCCUUCCUUUGCGGUGAUAAAACCAGGUACAGUCUUCCUUUGCGGUGAUAAAACCAGAUACAGAUUGUAUUUGUUGCUGCACAUUAAUUAGUUAGUAGUUCAAAGAGAACCAAGGCUGGUGUACAUGGGAUAUUCCCUUGAGGAGUUUAUCUUUGAGUGCUUGUUAUAGCCCCCUUGUUUUUUGAGUUUUGGAGCUGUCUAUGGGCAAAUGGGGUUUGCCAGGCUUGUUUACUUGUGCACCUAAUGACACAUUUGAGUCAUCGUGUUGUUAUAAUAAUGCUGUAUCAAUGAAUUCCCCUAUGGCCUAUUAUUGUCA